AUGGACAGCUCGCGUCCAAGCACUGCUGGCGAGAAGUCCACUCUCGCUGCCAAUGAUUCACCAAAGGGCUUCUUCAGCCGCCGCAAAAAGCCCCAGCAGCAGCCCGAACUUGUCGAGAAAGAGAAGCCUGAUCCAGAUGCCGCAGAGGUCACUGUGAAAGCAGAGGAGGAGGUCCCCCCGGUCUCGUUUACCCAGCUUUUCAGGUAUGCCACCACCUUCGAGCUCUCCCUCAAUGCCAUCGGGCUGGUUACCGCAUCUGCAGCCGGUGCAGCACAGCCUCUUAUGAGUUUGCUGUUCGGUAAUCUCGUUCAAGCUUUCGUCGUGUUCACAUCCGCCGUCAUUGGUUCCCAGCAAGGCGAUGCAGAGGCAACAGCUCAGAUACCUCAAGCCGCCGCCGAUUUCAGACGCUCUGCAGCUAACAAUGCCAGUUAUCUCGUUUAUAUCGGUCUCGGGAUGUUUGUGUGCACUUACGUCUACAUGUUCACCUGGGUGUAUACCGGAGAGAUCAACGCGAAGCGUAUUCGCGAACGUUAUCUCAAAGCAGUCCUCCGACAAGACAUCGCGUGGUUCGAUAACACGGGCGCUGGCGAGGUCGCAACUCGCAUUCAGACGGACACACAUUUGGUGCAACAAGGCAUUUCAGAAAAGGUUGCCAUCUCCCUCAAUUUCAUGGCGGCGUUUAUCACUGGUUUCAUCCUCGCCUACGCCCGGUGUUGGCGUCUUGCCCUUGCUUUGUCCUCGAUUUUGCCAUGUAUCGCUAUCGCUGGUGGUGUAAUGAACAAGUUCAUGUCCAAGUAUAUGCAAGAGUCGCUGAAGCACGUAGCUGACGGUGGCAAUCUCGCUGAGGAAGUGAUCUCUACUAUCCGGACUGCGCAAGCUUUUGGCUCCCAAAAGACCCUCUCUGCCUUGUAUGAUGGCCACGUUGAGCAAUCCCAAAUGGUCGACUACAAAUCCUCCGUCGUCAAUGGUGCCGGGUUGUCCGUUUUCUUCUUUGUAAUAUAUGGUUCAUACGGCUUAGCCUUUUCCUUUGGAACUACACUCAUUAACUCCGGGCACGCCACGGCCGGAGAAGUUAUCAAUACAUUCUUGGCUAUUUUAAUUGGUUCGUUUUCGCUCGCUCUGCUCGCUCCUGAAGUCCAAGCCAUCACUAACGGUCGUGGUGCCGCUGCCAAGCUUUACGCGACUAUUGAUCGUAUUCCGGACAUCGAUUCCGCCAGCACCGAAGGCCUUCGCCCUACUGAUGUCCAGGGCGAAAUCGUCUUCGAGCACGUUAAUUUCAACUACCCUUCCCGCCCUUCUGUCCCCAUUGUGCAGGAUCUCUCGAUUUCCUUCCGCGCCGGGAAGACUGCGGCCCUUGUCGGUGCAUCGGGUUCUGGCAAGUCUACCGUCAUCUCCCUCGUCGAGCGCUUCUACGACCCUCUGUCUGGCGUUGUCAAACUUGACGGCGUGAACGUCAAGGAUCUCAAUUUGAAGUGGUUGCGCUCCCAGAUCGGCCUCGUUUCGCAGGAGCCAACUCUGUUCGCUACUACGAUCAGAGGCAACGUCGCUCACGGCCUAGUAAACACUCCAUUCGAGCACGCCUCGGAGGAAGAGAUCUUCAAACUCGUGAAGGAGGCAUGUGUCAAGGCAAAUGCGGACGGGUUCAUCUCCAAGCUCCCCUUGGGUUACGACACUCUUGUUGGUGAACGUGGUUUCCUGCUUUCUGGAGGCCAGAAGCAACGUAUCGCCAUUGCUCGUGCCAUCGUCUCUGACCCCCGUAUCCUGCUGCUCGAUGAGGCCACCAGUGCUUUGGACACUCAGUCCGAAGGUAUUGUCCAAGAUGCUCUUGACAAGGCAUCUGCAGGUCGGACCACCAUCACGAUUGCUCAUCGCCUUUCCACGAUCAAGAAUGCUGAUAUCAUCUACGUCAUGGGAGGUGGUGUCGUCCUCGAAAAGGGUACCCACGACGAACUCUUGAGCGCAGACGGAGCCUACGCCAAACUCGUGCACGCCCAGAAACUUCGCGAGCACACGGAGUCGAGUGAUGGGGAUAGCGAUACAGCCGAUGGCUCGGAGCCGGAGGACAUGGAGAAGCAGGCCCGGGAAGAAGUGCCCCUCGGUCGCAAGAACACUGGACACUCGUUGGCGAGCGAACUGAUCGAGAAGAAGCUGCAGAGCAAGGCAGGAAAGUCCGAUGAGGAUCUCAGCUUGUACACCUUGUUCUACCGCAUGGCGCUUCUGAAUCGCGAAGGAUGGAGAAGGUAUAUUGUUGGUAUCAUCGCUGCUAUCUUGACUGGCCUCGUUUGGCCGGCCUUCGGUAUUGUCUAUGCCAAGGGUAUCAACGGGUUCUCGAUGAUAGAGAAAUCUGAGCGGCGCUUCGCUGGUGAUCGCAAUGCGCUAUGGUUAUUCCUCAUCGCUAUCAUCUCGACGGCCGCCAUUGGCAUCCAAAAUUACAUGUUCUCUGCAGCAGCGGCUACCUUGACUGCGAAGUUGAGGAAACUCAGCUUCAAAGCGAUCUUGAGGCAAGACAUUGAAUUCUUCGAUCAAGAGGAGCACAGCACCGGAAGCUUGACGUCGACACUCAGCGACAACCCCCAGAAGGUUAACGGAUUGGCUGGUAUUACCCUUGGAGCUAUCAUCCAGAGUAUUGCCACACUCGUCGGAGGCUCGGUUGUUGGUCUCGCCUUCGGCUGGAAGCUUGCUUUGGUUGGCAUCGCUUGUACUCCAUUGCUUGUCUCUGCUGGCUACAUCAGAUUGCGAGUCGUCGUUUUGAAAGAUCAGCAAAACAAACUUGCACACGAGAGCUCGGCUCAGCUAGCUUGCGAAGCCGCCGGGUCUAUCCGUACCGUCGCGUCACUGACCAGAGAGGACCAGUGCAUUGAGCAAUAUAGCCUGAGUCUCGAAGAGCCUCUCCGCAGGUCCAACAAGACUGCUUUGUGGAGCAAUGGACUAUACGCGCUCUCUCAAUCCAUGGUCUUCUUCGUCAUCGCCCUUGUCUUCUGGUACGGCUCCAGACUUGUUGCCUCUCAGGAAUACUCUACUUUCCAGUUCUUCGUUUGUCUUAUGUCAACUACCUUCGGUGCGAUGCAAGCAGGCAAUGUCUUCUCAUUUGUACCCGACGUUUCCUCUGCGCGCGGAGCUGGCUCGGACAUCAUCAAGCUGAUCGAUUCCACGCCUGAAAUCGACGCCGAGUCUACCGAGGGCAAGAUGAUCGACAAGACCCAGACCCGCGGCCGGAUUCACUUUGAUGAUAUCCACUUCCGGUAUCCCACCAGACCUGGUGUUCGGGUCCUGCGUGGUCUCUCGUUGACCGUGGAACCCGGAACGUAUGUGGCCUUGGUCGGUGCUAGUGGUUGUGGCAAGAGUACAACUAUCCAACUCAUUGAGCGAUUCUACGACCCUCUGGCUGGCAAGAUCUAUCUCGAUGGCGAAAACAUCAGCGACUUGAACAUCGCAGACUAUCGUCAGCAAAUCGCUCUUGUGUCUCAGGAACCUACGCUCUACGCUGGGACCGUCCGUUUCAACAUCCUUCUCGGUGCCAUCAAGCCCGAGUCUGAAGUCACCCAGAAGGAACUCGAAGACGCUUGCCGCAACGCCAACAUCCUCGAGUUCAUCCAGUCUCUUCCCGAUGGCUUUGAUACGCAAGUAGGCGGCAAGGGUUCACAGCUAUCCGGCGGUCAGAAACAACGCAUUGCGAUCGCCCGGGCAUUGCUGAGAAAUCCCAAGGUCCUGCUGCUCGAUGAGGCGACAUCAGCGCUGGACUCCAAUUCGGAAAAGAUCGUGCAAGCAGCCCUUGAUCAAGCCGCUAAGGGCAGGACGACGAUUGCCAUUGCUCACAGACUGUCCACCAUCCAGAACGCUGACUGCAUAUACUUCAUUAAAGAAGGUCGGGUCAGCGAAUUCGGUACGCACGAUCAACUGCUCGGCAAGAAGGGGGAUUACUACGAGUAUGUCCAACUUCAAGCCCUCAGCAAACGAUGA